AUGCUUUCCUCUAAGAACUUGGUUGAUUCUCUUUUGAAAAUCAUAAAGGAAGGACAUAUCAAUAAUGAAGUUCUUAAGGAUUUUGUGCAUUUGCAGUCAAACCAUAUAAAACAAACAAAAAAGCCCGAGCAAUCAAAUUCAACGAGCCAACAAAAUAUAUCAACCGAAAUUACACCAAAAAAUAAAAAGAACAAAUCAGGUAAAGCGACACAACAACCAGAAUUUGAUUCAUUACAAUUUUUUAAUGAUGCACUGAAAAAAAUACAUCAAACCGUUAUAGCAAAUGGUUCCAGUAGCCAGGAUAAGGAGUUCUUGUCUAAUAUGUUAAACUAUUUUGAACGUUUAUCUGAUAAUAGCAAAUCUCAAUCAAAGUUAGAAUUUUUCAUGAUUGAUUCCAACUUAUUUACAGGAAAAGACGAAGAAAUUAUAAAACUAAAUGCUUUCCUGUUCAAAAUUCUCAAAUUAAAUAAUUCAACAAUAAAAGGCCCCAAAGUUUCUACAUUUCUUGAAUAUUACAAUGAUGAUCAGUUUACAUUAGUUUGUGAGAAAGUAUUUGAAAGUUAUCUAAAUUAUAUCAAGGAUUCAAUCAAUUUACCUAAAAAAAUCGAUCUGAAAAUAACGGACAUACAUAAUAAAGAUAAAACGAAGAAAGAACUUGUUACAAUAUUAGGUUCUUCACUUUUAUACAUAAUUCUUCAAUUUUGUGAAAAAGAGAAGAUACUAGUUACAGAUUUAUUUAUCAAACCUGAUUCUAAGAACAUUCUGCUUGUUUGCAAUAGAAUUCUUAACCAAGGAAAAACUUUUCAGUUUGAUCUCAACAAUUUCGGUCCAAUUACUGAUAACGACGCAGACUAUCAAAGUGUUCUUAAUGUUGUUGGUGUUAAUGAAUAUAUAUAA